GAGAAUGAUCACAAAACAUUUGGACACGAAAUUUCUGUGAUCCAGUCAAGUCAUCUCAAUUUUCCAACAAAGGUUGUGUAGUCAAGAGGGACAUUCUCUUCCUUUAACACCAUCCUGCAGGUGGCUUAAGAUGCCUCCAAAAAAUAAGCAAAACAGAAAUUGUCAAGGAGACAAAAUAUAUCCUCUCUCAAAGAAUACCAUAGAUAGAAUCUUGUCACCCUCAAAAACUUUAUAUAAACCAAAGAAGCAGGCCAAGAACGCUAUAAGCUCCAAAGAUCUUGAAACGCAAACUGCUACUGCUUGUUUUAGGUCCGUGAAAAAGACUUCCUUUUCUAAACUCAACGGUAAAGAAAAAUACACAAACGUUCAAAAUACAUGGCAAUUCAACGGAAGUCAAGUCAAAACCUCUUAUGAUGUAGUAAAUUAUCAGAUGAACAGAAAUUCCUCAAGUAGACAAGUCAGAAACGAAAAAAGAGUAUAUAACCUAAACAUUGGAAAGUACGGAGGAACGAAGCUUGAGAAGACACAACAUGAAACAGAAGAGAUGCAAGAAAUGGUCUGUUAUCGUUAAAAUUGCUCAUUUGUGUUUUAUGAUCUGAAGUUUACUUAAGCGAUGCAUUUUCAGUUUGUGGCUUUCGAUUAUAAACUUUUGUCCUUUGUU